AAACUGAAAUUAAAAUGGUGAAAAUGCAUCUGAAGCUCUUGCUCAUCCUUUCACCACUACGGCGCCUAACCGCCCAAUCAUCUUCCGCUGUCCUCUCCCUACCUCACAAUCUCACUCAUCCAUCUCACUUCUUGCUCACUAGUUACCCUGCCCCUUUCCUUCAUCAGGCCUUCCCCGUUUUAUUUCAAUGAAUACCUUAUGAUUUGUGCCUAUCCUUGAAAAAACACAUACCAUACAACAGCAUGGAUAAGGAUCCAAGUGUAGCACACAAAAUAAUAGUUUCCAAGUAAUUAAAGUGUAAUACACAUUAACUCUUCAUUUCACAAUAUCAAGGCCCCAAGAAAAUUACGAGACUUAGAAUCGAACUUGUUAACUUGCCUCUUAUCGCUCACCUUCCUGAUAUGAAUCACAUGUCGAGCAAAUAUUGAUUAUCUAGACUCUAGACCAAUAUAAAUACCUACACAUUCUUCCACAAUACCUCCACUUCCAUCCCAGCAAUGAAUCCCAACCGUACAAAAUCUCAGGUUAUGGGUUUAUUAUCGCUAUUGGUUCUUGUGGUUGCUUUGCCAAGCCUUACUGUGGUGGAGAGCCGUAGAGCUCGGGAACUGCACUAUUUCCAGUACGGUGCCAUGAGCUGCAGAGCUUACAGUGCAUCUCUGACUGAAUUUGGAGGAGUGGGCGAUGGAACAACUUUGAACACUAAAGCGUUUCAAGCGGCCAUAGAUCAUCUGAGCCAGUGUGCGUCAAAUGGUGGGUCUCAGCUCUUUGUUCCUCCGGGAAAAUGGUUGACUGGGAGUUUCAAUCUCACUAGCCGCUUCACCUUAUUCCUCCAUAAGGAUGCAGUGCUCCUUGCUUCUCAGGAUGAAAUUGACUGGCCAGUGAUUGAUCCCUUGCCAUCCUAUGGUCGAGGGAGGGAUGCCCAAGGCGGAAGGUUUGGCAGUCUAAUAUUUGGAACCAACCUCACUGAUGUGAUCAUAACUGGGGACAAUGGCACAAUUGACGGACAGGGUGACCUGUGGUGGCAAAAAUUCCACAAGAAUCAGCUCAAAUAUACCAGGCCUUACUUGAUUGAGAUCAUGUAUUCAAGUAACAUCCAGAUAUCCAAUCUCACUCUGGUUAAUUCUCCAUCAUGGAAUGUCCAUCCUGUGUACAGCAGCAACGUUGUCGUCCAAGGCAUCACUAUUCUUGCGCCCGUGACAUCUCCAAAUACUGAUGGGAUCAACCCCGAUUCGUGCACAAACACCCGUAUAGAGGACUGUUAUAUAGUGUCUGGGGAUGAUUGUGUGGCUGUGAAGAGUGGUUGGGAUGAAUAUGGUAUAGCUUUUGGAAUGCCAACGAAGCAGGUGGUGAUCAGACGACUCACUUGUAUUUCCCCGACAAGUGCUGUGAUUGCAUUAGGGAGCGAGAUGUCAGGGGGGAUCCAAGAUGUGAGGGCUGAGGACAUAGUAGCCGUUAAUUCAGAGUCAGGCGUGAGGAUCAAAACUGCUGUAGGAAGGGGCGGGUACGUCAAGGACAUAUAUGUGAGAAGGAUGAUCAUGAACACCAUGAAAUGGGCAUUUUGGAUGACCGGAAAUUAUGGCUCUCAUGCUGAUGAUAAGUUUGAUCCUAAUGCACUGCCUAUGAUUCAGAAUAUUAACUAUCGUGAUGUGAUAGCACUUAAUGUAACCAUGGCUGCAAGAUUGGAGGGUAUAUCUGGAGACCCUUUUACUGGAAUCUGCAUAUCCAAUGUAACAAUUGAACUAGCAAAGAAGGCUAAAAAAGUUCCAUGGACUUGCACUGAUGUUUCUGGCAUUUCAAGUGAAGUGAUUCCUGCACCAUGCUAUCUGUUACAAGACCAGGGACCAGACAACGUUGGGGCAUGUACCUUCCCAGAAGACCACUUGCCCGUCGAUAAUUUCCAGGUUCAAACAUGUACUUACGGAAGAAGGUAUUUGUGAAUUGUGACAGUAUAAGAGGAAUGAUUCAGUUCAGGUACAUGGUGUAAUAUAACUGGCACCAACGGAGCAAAAUUCUGAACAAGCAACUUAGACAAUGAAAAAAGUCUGUCAAUGAUUAUAUGAAUUUUUAUUUUGUUUCACCGUGUGUAAAAUUCAUUUUUUUUCCUUUUUUAUUUUAUAAGUGUAGAAUGAAAACAAAUAUGGAAAAAUAAGCAGCAAUCUUUGUCAUCAGAACGCUAUAUUACUAUUUGAUAGUCUUA